AUGGUCAACGUCGCGAUCGCGGGCGGCACCGGCGCCGUGGGCCGGACACUCAUCGAAGUGAUGGCGGCGCAGACGAAGCACAAAGCCUUCGUGCUCACCCGCAAGGCCCCCAACCCUAAGGAAGAAACCCUGGCGCCAAUUUACCAAGUCGACUACUCCGACAUCGAGGCCCUCAAAUCCUUCCUCGAAGAACACGACAUCCACACCGUCAUCAGCGCCUUCGGCAUCACAGCGACGUCCCUCGCGACGUCCCAGCUCAACCUCAUCCGGGCCGCGGACCAGUCCUCCGCCACGAAGCGCUUCAUACCCAGCUCGUUCGCCAUGCGGUAUCCCGAGGACGGCGUCAAGAUCCUCCCGCCCCUCGAACACUACUUCACCUCCCUCACCCUCCUCUCCCAAACCACCCUCGAAUACGCCACCGUCCUGAACGGCACCUUCCUCGACUACUUCGCCCCGCCGACCCUGAAAUCGCACCACCCGCACUCCGUCAUCGUCCUCGACAUGGCGCACGCCGCCGCCGCCAUCCCGGGCUCCGGCGACGUCGCCCUCACACUCACCUACACCUUCGACGUCGCGCGCUUCGUCCUCGCGGCGCUCGACCUCCCGCGCUGGCCGGACGACCACGAGCUGCGCGUCGUCGGGGACGAGGUGACAUUCCACGAGCUCGUCGCGCUCGCGGAGGACGCCAGGGGGGAGAAGUUCGAUGUCGUGUAUGAUACGGUAGAGGACCUGCGGGAGGGGCGAAUCACGGAGCUGGAGGGGCACAAGGAGAGUUACGACAAAUUCCCGAAGAAGCGGUUGCAGGCUUUCUUGGCGAUCUUUGAGCUGUGGAUGGCGACGGGGCUGGGGAGGGUCGAGAGGAGGGGGUCGUUGAAUGAGAUGUUUCCUGAGAUUAGGCCGUUGACGGCGGGGGAGAUGAUGGAGAGGUAUUGGAAGAGGGGUUGA